GAGGCGUCACAGCCCUGAGUCCAGCAACGCCGGCCUCCAUCGGGUUCCUCCGACCUCAACCCUUUCCGUCGAGCCUUGUCACGCACCAGCUGCCAGCGCACCUUCGUUGACGGAACGCCUGCUGUGUACGGACGUAGGCUGCCUUUCCUUCUCUCAUUCCUUUUGCCGUUCGUUGCCCCGCCCCGGCCCCCGGUCGCAAUGGUUUCGCUCUCGUGGCUGUUCGGCUCUUCCAAGCCAGCAAGUGAUGGUGACAACAACAGCACCAAACAAACUCCAGCAAUAGCACAGACACAAGCGCUACCACCGCCGCCGGAACCAACGCCCGCACCGCCAUCUACCACGCUACCCCAAGAGCCUCCCCCUGAACCCAACCACUUCUUCUCGAAGCGCUCGCUCCGGCAGCUCGGCCUGUUCUUCGGCGGCGCCGGCUUCUUCUACUGGUCGCUGCUGCUCUCGCGGCGCGCCAUCACGCGGCACCAGCUCGCCGCGCAGCUCAAGUUCUACCAGCCGAACCAGUUCGGCGGGCGGGCGCAGCUCGGGUCGCCCGGCCGGCGCGACCCGCUCGUCGCCGUCGAGGCGCUCAACCUGGCCACGCUCAACACCAUCAGCUUCGCCAUCAUGGCCGCCGGCGGCGUGUCCUGGGCCUUCGACAUCUCGACCAUGGACGACCUGCGCCGCAUCACGCGCCGCUCCCUCGAGGCCGCCGCGGGCGGCACGAUCGACGAGGCCGCCGAGCAGGAGGUGGCCGCCUGGUUUGCGAAGACGCUGGGGAUUGUGGAGAAGGAGAAGGAGAAGGGGCAGUUUGAGGGGAACGGGAAGCGUUGAGGCUGUUGGGAGUUGGGUUCUGAAGGGAUGUACAGUCCUCGCUGGUAAUGGCUCACCAGGCCGCUGUUACCGAUGGGGA